AGGAGGGAAAAGCUGUGCUGUGGUUUCACACCGAGUGCGCUUUCUCUACUGAGCUGUAGUUCCUUCUCUCUCCCCCGACUGAGAGAAUGGGAGAAACAGAAAGCUAAACAGAUGUUCAAAGUUUCGUUUCUCAUCCAAGCCGGUCCCCCCUCUAUGUUGUCCCUUCUCUAUCUGUCUGAAUGUGUUGCACCAGAGGGCAGUGCUCUGAACUGCGUUGCUGUGUUUGAGUACAUGUAUGUGCACUGAAUAUACCUGUUGGCAAUAGUGUAGGAUUUAUACACAACUUGCGGAGUACACACACUGGAAGUCUCCCUCACAUUUUCUCCAGUUAUGAACUCUCUACCAGCUUACUCAGGAGCUAGAAUAUCCGGCUGUUGGACUCUAAGAUCCGAUGGCAGUGGAGGUGAAGGAUCACUGGACCGUCUUCUCCCCUCAGUAAGCACAGGACUUUCACCCAGGAAAAGGACCACCAGCCAGUGUAAGUCUGAGCCGCCUCUGCUACGGACCUCCAAACGAACCAUCUACACUGCUGGUCGACCACCCUGGUACAACGAACACGGAACUCAGUCCAAAGAGGCCUUCGUCAUUGGUCUGUGUGGCGGCAGCGCUUCAGGAAAAACAACUGUAGCCAGGAAAAUAAUUGAAGCACUAGAUGUUCCAUGGGUUGUGCUACUUUCAAUGGAUUCUUUUUACAAGGUCCUGUCCCAAGACCAGCAGAUCCGUGCUGCCAGUAACGACUACAACUUCGACCACCCUGAUGCCUUUGACUUUGACUUGCUGACACACACCCUACGCAAACUCAAACAGGGGAAGAGCGUGAAAAUCCCUGUGUAUGACUUCACAACUCAUGGGAGACAGAAGGAGUGGAAAACCGUGUAUGGAGCCAGUGUUAUCAUCUUUGAGGGGAUCAUGUCCUUUGCAGAUAAAGAGCUCUUGCAGCUGCUGGACAUGAAGAUCUUUGUGGACACAGACUCUGACAUCCGUUUGGUGCGUCGAUUGAGGAGGGACAUUUCAGAAAGGGGCCGAGAUAUUGAGGGUGUCAUCAAACAGUACAACAAGUUUGUCAAGCCAGCCUUUGAGCAGUACAUUGAGCCCACCAUGCGCCUGGCGGAUAUUGUGGUGCCACGGGGUGGUGGCAACAUGGUGGCAAUCGAUUUGAUUGUGCAGCAUGUUCACAGUCAGCUGGAGGAGAGGAAACUUCGCUGGGAUAUGGCAGCCCUGGCUUCAGCGCACCAGGCCCAACCCCUCCCCCAAACCCUCAGCGUUCUGGAGAGCACACCCCAAGUCAGGGGCAUGCACACCAUCAUCAGAAAUAAGGAAACCAGCCGCGAUGAGUUCAUCUUCUACUCCAAGAGGUUGAUGCGUCUGUUGAUCGAGCGAGCCCUGUCCUUUCUCCCCUCACAGGUCCACAUAGUUCAGACCCCCCAGGGAGAGGAUUAUGAAGGCAGGACUUUCCAUGGGAAGAGGAUCACAGGCGUGUCCAUCCUUCGAGCCGGGGAGACCAUGGAGCCGGCCCUGAGGGCUGUCUGCAAAGACGUUCGCAUCGGCAAGAUCCUCAUCCAGACCAACCAGGACACAGGAGAGCCAGAGCUUCAUUACCUGCGUCUACCAAAAGACAUCAGCGAAGAUCACGUGAUUCUGAUGGACUGCACUGUGUCCACCGGAGCAGCCGCCAUGAUGGCUGUACGAGUCUUACUGGAUCACGACGUUCAGGAGGACAAGAUCCUGUUGGUUUCUUUGCUCAUGGCUGAAAUGGGAGUCCAUUCGGUGGCCUACGCAUUCCCACAGGUCAAAAUCAUCACCACAGCUGUUGACAAGAAGGUCAACGAUCUGUUUCACAUCAUACCCGGAAUAGGAAACUUCGGGGAUCGAUACUUUGGAACAGAUGCACCCCCUGACUGGAGUGACGAAGAGAUGGAUGAGCCACGCUACUAAAGAAACUACUGGCAGUGCCCUUAGGUUAGGUGAUUAGGUGAUUCAGGACGGUGGCCCUCAGUGGACAAAACGAGGACAUUCUCUUUGCCUCUGUCUGGCUGCAACGUUCAUCCUUCGAGGCCCAAACCAGACUGCCCUAAAACUGAACACAGGAGAAAACAUUGCUCAUGUCACCUUGUGUUAAAUUUUUAAAUUAUUUCAUCUUGUGUGAACUCUGUCAAGGAGAGCUGUAUCAUGAAGUCUGAAAACUGUUUUUUAUUGUACAGUAUGUUUUAAAGUCAAAGUGUUUUAUUUCUGUUCUUUAAUUUGUGACAAUCUCUAUUUGCCGGCGUGUUGUUUUGGAAAGAUUUGUCGAGCCUUAAGCCGUGCACUGUGGACGACACAACUGAAUGUGAAUUUGCACGUGACGUAAAAGAAGAAAAAGUCAAGGUUUUAAGGUUACUUUUUUUACCAAAUACCUUUCUCACAACUUUCACAAAAGUAAAAUCGGAACCUGAACUCAUGUUGCUCAACUUCCAUCGCCACGAGCGCUUUCUGAAGGACCAUUCAAUCGGAAAAUGUGUAGGUGUAUAUCUGUGUUGGUUUUUUUCUCUUUCUUUUUUUUUUUUUUUUUUUUUAGCUCUCUGGUUCACCCUUUUCCUUCAGUGUGGAUGCUGACCUAACCAGUUGAAAAGGAUGUUGAAAAAACCCUUUUUUUCAUUAUACAGCUUUUAAGUAUGUACUUGUGGUGUAUAUUUAUGCAGAAUAUCCUUCAUUUGCAUAUUUUCACUAUGGAUAGACCUGACCAGUCAGCAGGCAAGUCAUGCAUCUUUUUGUUGCCGCGGAAAUGGGUCAUGUGCAUUUAACAAACGCAGAUUAAGUGUUUAUUUCGGUCUCACGUGUCCUGAUUUAUGUGUCUGUUUUUCAUGCAGUAGAAAGGG